AUGUCAGAGAUUAAUCUCUUCGCAGAGGACGACGCCUUCCUUGCCGAGGCCCCUCCGAGAUCUCCUGCCGGCACCCAGAGCACCGCAGCCUCACAGAACACAUCAGCUCAGCCCGCGGCUCCACCUCAAGCCAGAUCCUCCAUCCCGGCCACGGGGAAAAACACGGUCUCCAACCUCCAUCAAGAACUGGCCAGCGCAGGCGUCACCGUUCCGCGCCGAACCACCCAAGCCGAACUCCUGGCGGUGUAUAACUCCCUGCAAUCUGGAGCACCACUACCAUCCACCACUUCACCAUCCAAAGCCACGAAGAAAACCAGCCAGGUUCGACACAACCCAUACCAGCGACCAGAUCCAAGCCCAUCCUUCAGACCCGAACACAGCAGCAGGCCUUCAGCGAGUCUGUUGCAAGCCCCGGGUCCCGAUGACCCAGGAACCCAAUCCCCGGAAUGGAACCAGAAGUCCAUCCUUGGCGCAGAGUCGCUACAGGAAGCACAAGCCCAAACUCAUAAUCUGCCUGCCCACCCUUUCCAAGUUACCACGAGCAGCGCGAGCGUGAGGCCGCCUCCGCUCCCAGCUCAAACCCCAGCUUCUCUAAUCCCUCCUCUUCUUCCGCAAGUUCUUCCAGGCCCCGGCGCAAGUUUCAGUGUGAGGCCACCUCCGCUGAUGUCACUGGCGACGGUAGCCCCCCCACUCUUCCCUUUUUCUUCCACCUGCGAUACUAGAGCCAGCAGUAGCGUGAGCAUGCCUCCGCUGAUGUCACUAUUGCCGGCAGCCCCUCCUCUUUUCUCUUUGCUUCCCACCCAUGAUCCCAGCACCAGCUGUAACGUGAGCAUGCCUUCGCAAACGGCUCCAGCACCUAACCUCCUACAGUCACUUUCUCACACUAAAUAUUUUUCUUUGUCCACAGCCACACCUCUACUUGUUCCACCCAACGUCCUCGCCCUGGAUCCUCCACCUGUCUCCAACACCAUCUGGAACCAAAUCCUGUCAGGUUUGGAUGUCUAUCUUUUUUCCCUCCUCUCACCCAUUCCACCUACAUCCGCAGACCGCCAGAUAAAUUGUGGCCAAUUCUCAGUAACCCUUAAAAACACAAAUAACAUUCAGUCCCGUAUCCUUAAAUUCCCAGAAUUCACUGUAGCUUUCUCACGCUACACGGAUGUUUAUCCCCACAGGAGGCGCAAACUCAAUGACUAUCUCGCGAUAGUCGCUGAGCUCACGCUUUCAUAUGGAGGCUCCCAUUUUUAUUUACUACCUUACCACCGCCUUUUUUUCGCAAAAUGCGCCAUUCGCAUCUCCCAAUGGAACCAGUCCCCAUUCUGGGGAGCUUUAGACACAGAACUUCAUAAUAAAGUAUUUUUAGGUUGCUGCAAUAUAUCUUGCGCAGUCUGCCGAUCCACCACCCACCCCACUGAAUCCUGCCUAUUCAUAAAUCCCAUCCCUUCUCCCCUCCCCGAACCAGCCAAGACCAGAUCCACCUUCAAACCCAAAUAUCCCAUCCCUCCUUUCUGGUCACCGCCCUUCUGUCACAGCUUUUGCCAGCCCCUGCACUGAGUUCAACAGCCUAUAGUCUUAUUUGUUUAAAUCUUCAGUCCGCUCUCGCCAAACCCGACAUCGUCGAUCUUUUAAUUAAAAAAGAAGUAGACGAAAAUUUCAUGAUUGAACUUUUCUCCGCAUCUCCGUUUAGUGUUUACCGCAUCAGUCCUAUCGGGGUAGCCACUAGGAAAUUAUCAGAUAAAAAACGCCUAAUAAUCGACCUUUCCUCCCUACAUAACACUCCGUUUCCUAGUAUCAACAGUCUCAUCCCUCCCGAUGAGAUCUCUAUGAAUUAUCAUGACAUCGACCAAGCUACUUCACUAAUCAAAAUAGCGGGUCACGGCGCUUGGAUGGCAAAAGUCGACAUAACAUCCGCCUUUAAAGUCAUGCCCAUCCAUCCUGAUUUCUGGCACCUUUUCGGCAUUCUCUGGCAAAAUAAUAAUUAUUUUUCUGUCCGCCUAACCUUUGGUUGCAGAAGUAGCCCAAAAUUUUAGACACGCUGUCGAAAGCAAUAUGCUGAAUCCUUUCCAAUAACUACGAGAUCCCGCACUUAAUCCAUCUAUUAGACGAUUUUCUAAUCAUCUCACCACCCGACGCUAUCCCAGCCGCGCACCUCUUGACAGUUCAAAAGGUUUUCACCGAACUCAGGAUUCCCAUAGCAGAAGAAAAAAACGCCGGUCCAAGCACUUACAUCGAAUUCUUGGGCAUUAGACUCCAACAAAUUCCAAGCAUCCCUACCAAAAGAGAAAAUCGAUCGAACGAUCCUGGUAGGUUCCUUCCUUUUAGACAGCUCCACCUGUUCUAAGCGCGAGCUAUUAUCAAUUUUCAGUCACUUGAAUUUCGCAAUGCGCAUAAUUCCCCAAGGCCGAUCAUUCAUUUCUCACCCCAGUUCUCGCGUCUUCAGCUCACAGUCUAGAGGAUCAAAUAUCCAUCGAUGAAAGUAGCCUAAAUGAACUCCGUUUAUGGAAAUUAUUCCUCAAACAAUGGAACGGUCUCUACUUCUUUUACAGCGACCUAAUAUCCUCCCCAGCAGACAUCAAAUUAUUUACCUAUGCUGCCCCGUCAAUCGGAUUCGGAGGUUAUUACCAAGGGGGCUGGUUCGCGUCCACCUGGCCGCCCCAGCUGUUAGACCUGCUGCAAUCACUUAAAUUAUCAGCGCUAUUUGAACUCUAUCCACUAGUCGUCGCUGCAUCCCUAUGGGGGAAAGAAUGGUCCUCUUCCAGUAUUAUAAUUCACUGUGACAAUGAAGCAACUGUUCACUGUAUAAAUAAAGGCCAUUCAAAUUCUAUAGCAUUAAUUCCCCUACUUAGAAACCUCACUUGGAUAUCAGCAUGUGACCAAUUUAUUUUAACUGCAAAGCAUAUUCCUGGAUCCAAAAAUCAAAUUGCUGAUUUUCUCUCUCGUUUUGCUUUCCAGAAAUUUAGACAUUUGGCACCAGAGGCGGAUACGUUUCCAGUCCAAGUCCCUCCUUAUUCAGAGUUGAUAUUCCCAUUGAUCAUCCUUUAAAAAACCUGCUUAAAGCCUCCCUAGAAUAUAUCCUUCAGGCGGUGGCGCCUAGAACCCUGCAGUCAUAUUUAACAGCAUGGAAAAGUUUUAAAACAUUCCAUGCAUGUUAUAACAUACUGUUUCUUGAUUUUUCCCUACUCACCAUCUCAUCUUGCAUAACCUACCUGACCAUUUAAAAAAAACUCCAGAUCAAUUCCAUCAAAGGCUAUUUGAGUGGAAUUCAAUUUUUCCACAAACUAAUUUACGGUUCCCCUGCACCUCACUUAGCUAAUUCUCAAACUGCUCUUUUAUUGAAAGGCAUACAAAGAACCCACCCCACACGUCAAGACACACGACAGCCCAUAAUGCUGAAAACACUCACUAAAUGCAUAUCCACUCUUACGAUACUCUAGGAUCCUAGACUCUAAGAUACGAAUCAAUCCACACAGCACAUACACUCGAUGCUAUGUUUAUUUUAGCGUUCUUUGGAUUUUUAAGGUGAACUCUGGGUUCAACUCAAACAUUCAUCCCACCGUAUCCGAUUUAGUAACAUUACACAACGAAACCAUUUCCUUUUUCAUUAAAAAAAAGCAAAACCGAUCAAGCUAAAAAGGCCAUUACAUCUACAUUUUCAGCCUAUAAUCACCUAAUUGUCUAUAUCAAACACUGCUAGCAUUUUCACAAAUCCGGAAAUCACAAGCCUCUUCCUUAGCAGAACCUCUAUUCACAGACGAUAGCAAUCGCCCAGUUACUCGUUUUUGGUUUCAAAAGCAUCUUAAAUGCGUCCUUAUUAAGUCCCGCUUCCCAGCCGACAACUUCUCCAGCCAUUCUUUCAGUAUAGGCGCAGCUACCACCGCAGCACAAAAUGGUCUAUCAGAGCAGCAGAUCCAAACACUCGGACGUUGGUCCUCUCAGGCCUUUAAGUGCUACAUUCAAUCUGACCACUCUCAUAUCAGAAGAGCCUAACAAACCCUCAUCAAAAAACCCCUCUAAGAUAAAUUCGACACCCACUAGAGCCCAUUACACCACAUGUCACAACACAUGCGUCUUUGACAGUUCACAAGGCACCUUCUUCAAACACCCUUCGCAUACUAUCUCGACAAAACUCGUACAGCGUCGCUCCAACUGGAGUCGCACAACUUAUUACGCACACCUUAUUAUUAAUAUUAAGCAUCACAGCUAGUGCAACGACCGUCCCUAGGGAGAUGCACACUUUAUUACAGACCGCUGCAAGCGCAACGAACAUUCAUACAGGAGACGCACACAUUAUUAUUAUGCACCACCGCUAAUGCAGUGGCUGCUCCUACGGGAGACGUACACCUCACUAUCACGCAUUAUUUCAAGAGCAGUGACCACUCAUACAGUAGACACACACUUUUUAUGCACCACUGCUAGUGCAGUGACCGCUCCUACGGGAGACGUA